GAAUGACUGAAUAAGUUCACUCGUUCAUUUUAACUUUUUCAGUUCUAUUCAACUCCAAUCCACGCGACGGUCGAACUUAUACAAAAUAAAGAAUUUCAAUUGUAAAAAAGGUUAAUAUUAGUUGAUAGGCAUAAUGAAACAACUGUAAAGCGACAAAAAAUUUCUGCAACAAAAAAAGGGAGAGAGGAAGGAAAAACAGCAAUAACAAAACAAAAAGGGAGGUCAAUUAAUCGGAAGCAAUGGACUUGUCACAGCCACCCCCACAACUAUUAACAGCGCCAUCGGCACUGGCUACAAAUUUCACAUCGAUGCCGCCGCCUUCAAUGGGCGGUCAACACUACAGACACUACCAUCCGCAUCAUGGGGCCAAUAAACAAGGCUACAAUCACUUUAAGCCCUUCAUGCCAGGCGGCUUUCAGCGUCCAUUUGGCAUGUCCCAAGACGACUUUGAUGGCAAGCGACUGCGCAAGAGCGUCAUGCGGAAGACUGUGGAUUACAAUGCAUCAAUUAUCAAAGCGCUUGAAGCACGUCUAUGGCAACGCGAUUAUCGGGAUCGACUGGCGAUACAGCCAGACAGCAUUUAUGUGCCCCAGAUGCUGCCACCCUCCAGCUAUCUGGACAAUCCAGCCAAUGUGAUAACCACACGCUUCGUCAAAACGGCCACAAAUAAAAUGCGCUGUCCAAUAUUUACGCUCGCGUGGACACCCGAAGGCAGACGACUGGUUACUGGCGCCAGUUCUGGAGAGUUUACUCUUUGGAACGGCCUCACCUUUAACUUUGAGACAAUUCUACAGGCACACGAUAUAUCCGUGCGAACAAUGGUUUGGUCACACAACGACAGCUGGAUGGUGACCGGAGAUCAUGGCGGAUAUGUCAAGUACUGGCAGUCGAACAUGAACAAUGUGAAGAUGUAUCAGGCGCACAAGGAGGCGAUUAGGGGAAUAAGUUUCAGCCCAACGGACAGCAAGUUUGUCAGCGGCAGCGACGAUGGAACCUUACGCAUUUGGGACUUUAUGCGCUGCCAGGAGGAGCGUGUGCUGCGAGGGCAUGGUGCGGAUGUUAAAUGCGUGCAUUGGCAUCCACAUAAGGCGAUGAUUGUCAGUGGCAGCAAGGAUAAUCAACAGCCCAUCAAAAUCUGGGAUCCCAAGAGCGGCAUUGCGCUCGCCACACUCCACGCCCACAAGUCAACCGUCAUGGAUCUCAAAUGGAACGACAACGGAAAUUGGCUGGUGACUGCGUCGAGGGAUCAUCUGCUCAAGCUCUUCGACAUCCGCAAUCUUCGGGAAGAGGUUCAAGUGUUUCGCGGUCACAAAAAGGAGGCCAGUUCCGUAUCCUGGCAUCCCAUACACGAGGGUCUCUUCUGCUCCGGCGGCUCCGAUGGCUCCAUUCUCUUCUGGAAUGUUGGCACGGACAAGGAGAUUGGCUGCGUGGAGACGGCACACGAUAGCAUCGUGUGGACACUCGCCUGGCAUCCCCUGGGUCACAUUCUCUGCUCCGGCUCCAACGAUCACACCAUCAAGUUCUGGACACGCAAUCGACCUGGAGAUCUUAUGCGUGACAAAUACAAUCUGAAUACGCUUCCCGCCAGCUUAGCUGCCCUGGACGAGUGUGAAUAUGAUGACGCCGUGAUUCCUGGCAUGGGACCCGAGGACAAGGUGGAGUUCACAGAGAGCCUUACUGCCGACAAGGGCUUUAUUCCAGGCCUGGAUCUCGAUGCAGGCAGCAGGUCGGCCAGCGAUCGGGAUCGGGAGAAGAAAGUGCCGUACAGCAAGCCCAUUCCACGUAACUUUCAAGUCCAGUGGGCAGGUCCACGUCGCGCUGAUGAUCCCAGCGUGCUUAGCAUUCACGAUGAGCUGGCGGCGCGUGAGUCGAAGGACUCAAGUAACGGCCUCAGCCAUCAGCAGAUCAGCGAGAACACGCUCGAGGGUAUCCUGGCCAGCGGCAUGCUCAACGGCCUCGAUCCCCAGACAAUUGUUGGCGUAUUUGUCUACGGCCGCUUCGUGCGCGUCCAUCCGGAUUCACGCCUGAUGGCCGCCAUUCGCCAGGGUGCCGAGUACCUGAACAAGUACAUUGAUGCCGGCAAGCUGGAGGAGCUACGUGAUGUGGUACCCAUGCGUGAGCGGGAACGGGAGCGCUCUCGCUCCCUGUCACCCACACUGGAGGCGUCCCAGGCACGCGGGGAGGUGUCGCCGCCGCUUAAGAAAUCACGCUUCGAGCCACGACAGCACAAUGCGCAGCUAGUGUGUGUGCGGGAGCUGCUGCUGCUAAAGAAGCCCUUCCUGCCGUCCCUGCUGACCGUAAAGGCGCAACAGCCGAAAACGGAGUUCAUCGAUGAGCCAUCCAGCUACGGCAGUAACUCACCCAUGGAUCAGGCAUCGCGUGAGGAGACAAGCCGACCCAAUCCUUGGGCUUCCAAUGCGCCCUGGUCCAAUUAUGGUAAUGGCAAUGGCAACGGAAAUGGGAACGGUGGAACUUCCAGUCAAAAUGGUUAUAACGAUAACUUUAACGACCGAGAUCGAGAUCAGUACCAAAAGAGCGGUGGCAACAACAACAACAAUAAUAACAACAGAGAACAGCAACGUCGAAGACGUGGCAACAAUGGCAACUCUGGUGGUGGAGGAGGCGGCGGAGGUGGGGGUCGAAAUCGGGGCCGAAACAACAACAGACGCUUCUAGUCUACCAAACUGCACACACCAAACAAAACAAUAAAAAACACACACACACACAUACAUUCUAAACGCUCGGCUUGUAAUCAUACAAACACCAACACCAUUUUAAGCUUAAAACAAUUUAUACUAUUAAUUUAAAAAUGUAAACUCAAACUGAUUGAUUGUAAAUUG